AUGGAGCUCUUCCUGAUCAUUACGAUUCUGCUGUUCCAGAAACCAACAGUAACUGAACAACUUAAGAAGUGCUGGGAUAACCAUAUACAAGGACGUUGCAGGAGAAUCUGCAAAAUAACCGAAAGACAUGAAGCGCUAUGUGGAAAUGAGAGAUAUUGUUGCCUCAGUAUCAAGGACAUGGAAGCACGUAAAAGAAUUACACAGCCACCUCAUCCAAAACCACCAACAUUUGCACUGACUCUUCCUCAAGACAAUGAUAUAAUAGACACUUCCCCAUCCCAAAAGUUUCUUGGUCCCCAGAAUGACCUUCGAGCAGAUUCUAAUAAAGCUCAUUGCCAGUUUUCUGACUCGUUUGUUCUUUAA